CUAAUUAAUCAAAUUUACACGCGCUAACACGCAUCAUUAAUCAUUAUAUAUAUAGGUUACUAGUAUUAUAUAUACAUAUACACUUCAACCUUUUUGCAUAUAUGCGCAUGCAUAGUGAUUCAUUAACGUAACGUACUCAACCAUUAACCAAAUAUAUAUAUAUAUAUAUAUAUGGAUUCCGGUGGUUUUCCGGUGACUGUAAAAUGGAGUGAGGUGGUAGCCGCCGUGCUGCCGCUGCAGGAGCACUGGCUGCCGAUGUCCAACCUGGACUUGCUCCUCCCGCCGCUGGACUUUGGAAUAUUCUUCUGCUACAAGAAAAGGAGCGGAGAAAAUCAAGAAGACGGAGAUCUGAUCUCGCCGGAAAGCAUGGCGGCGGUGCUUAAGAAGGCACUGUCUCAGGCGCUAGUUUCCUUCUUCCCGUUGGCCGGAGAAAUCGUGCAUAACCGCCACGGCGAGCCGGAGAUUCUCAGCAACAACCGCGGGGUGGAUUUUAGUUACGCGUAUGCUGAUGUGGAGCUGAAAGACGUCGACCUUUACCGGCCGGAUUUAUCUGUUCAUGGGAAACUUGUUCCUGUUAAAAUGCAUGGUGUGCUCUCUGUUCAGGUGACGGAGCUGAAAUGCGGCGGACUAUUCGUCGGAUGCACUUUCGACCACCGUGCGGCGGACGCCCACUCCGCCAACAUGUUCCUCACUGCUUGGGCGGAGAUUGCCCGGUCAAAACCAAUCACGCUUCUCCCCUCAUUCCGCCGCUCGAUCUUCAACCCCCGCCGCCCUCCACAACAGCAUAAAUCACUAGAAAAAAUCUACGCGCCGCUGUUGUCCAUGCCACCGCCGCCGUCCGCCGACGAUACCGAUCAGCUGACGAGCCGAAUCUACUACAUUAAAUCCAACGAAAUCGAUCGGCUCCAGUCGCAAUCCAGCCACAACGGCAACAGAAGAAGCAAAAUCGAAUCCUUCAGCGCAUUUCUCUGGAAAGCCAUAGCCGCCGCCGCCGUCGGCGGCGGCGAACGCUCCAAGGUGGUAAAAUUAGGGAUAGUGGUCGACGGAAGAGCGAGGCUGAGCGGCGAAACGGCGUCGCUGGAGCGCUAUUUCGGCAACGUCCUCUCGAUUCCGUACGUCGAAUCGAGUGUCGGCGAGCUCAAAACGGCGUCGCUCAAUGAGUUGGUGGAUGUUGUGCACGAAUUCGUGGCGGCGGCAUCCACGGCGGAGCACUUCCUGGCGCUGAUUGACUGGGUGGAGUUGCGGCGGCCGAAUCCGGCGGUGGUGAAGGUGUACUGUAGAGAUGAAAACAAUGAGGCGGCGGUUGUUGUGUCGUCGGGUCAGAGGUUUCGGGUCGGAGAAAUGGAUUUCGGGUGGGGCGGGCCGGAAUUCGGGUCGUACCAUUUCCCGUGGGGAGGCGAAACGGGUUACGUGAUGCCAAUGCCGAGCGCGUGUGGGAAUGGGGAUUGGAUCGUGUACAUGCAUCUUAUGAAGAAGCAACUGGAUUUCGUUGAGGCACGUGAGCCUCACGUGUUCAGGCCUUUCAGUUUUGAAAUCGUUCAAGGGUGA